AAUCUCAUUCCUAUCGAAAGUUAUUCAGAAAAUAACGGAAGGCAUUCUAUUUUGGUACAGACAGUAGUAUAACGUGUUUACCUCUUCAAUUUUAUAGCAAUCAAACUAACACUGAUAGCAUCGAAAUAUAACAACAUGAUACACUGCCAAAAUGAAUUAAAUCGAUAUAUCGACAAGUGUACAACUACAAGCAAAAUUCAUAAUGAGACCAAUUUAAAAAACUGGAAUCAACAUUCAAUAAAUAGUUUCUAUAAAUACUGCACAGAAAAACUUGUUCUACCGGAUAUUAGUUUAACGCAUAACACUCAACAAAUAGAAUUAAUCGGCCCCAUACAAGGCGUCAAAGAAGCAAUGGAGAAAUAUGAACAAACAUCAGAAAUACUGAAACAAAAACUUAGGAUAACACCACGAUCACCAAACGUACCGAAUAUUUUAUGUGAAAAGCAACGAUCAAAAGCGUUAGAAAAAGAAACUGCUGCCGCUGCUGAUAAUUUAUAUAACAUUAUGCUGAGCUAUUGUGAACAGGAUAAAGUUAUUUGUUAUCAGCUUGCUGAUCGUCUAAUUGAGGAGGGCUAUUUGGUAUGGAUUGAUUACGAUCAAACAUUGAAAAGGCCAGAAUCAAAAAUUGAUAAAGCAGAUGUUGUUCUAAUUUACUUUAGCAAAGAUUAUUUAGAAAGUUUAAAAUGUAAAAGAGAAUUAAGAUCUGCACAGUUAAUAAAGAAAGAAAUUAUAAUCGUUACACCAGCGAAUAAUCUCAACUCUUUCAAUAGUGAAAAUAAUUGGCUUAAUUCGAUGGAAACAGCGGAAUUAUAUUAUGAUAAAUUUAAUACCAGUAUCUCUUUUGACUUAGAUGGAAAUUUUGACUUGAAAUAUGGGAAAUUAUUAAUUAAAUUGCUGCAAUAUACAAAACCAGGAAUAGUUGGCCAAACAUAUUCACAAACUAAAGCAAACAAAACAGAUAUUAUUGAAGAGAUUCCUCAAGUAACUCCAUCGGUCACUUCACAACUAACAGCAGUACAGCGACGAGAACAAGAACGAAUUUAUAGAAAGAAGAUGGAAAAAAUAAAAAAUGCAGAAAUGGAAUCCAAGAAAUAUAAAGAAGAUUUAGCUCAAGAUAUAAAAGAUAUAAAGGAUAUAAUAGAUGACGUACAAACGGCAAUAAGACUAGACGAAAAUAUUAAAUUGAAUGAAGGGUGCAAGGAGGAUAUGAGACUGUUAAUUGACGAUAUAAGAAAUCAACUUGAUAAUGCGGAACUCAGCAUGGACGAAGAAACUAACGAUACCCUUCGGGAUGGAAGAAGUGAACUGUCUCAAACAUAUAACAAAGAUAUUACCAACAACACACCCGAAUCAAGAUCUCACUCAUUGUCUGACAUAACUAGAACAUCAGAUGGUAAAGUUUAAAAGAAUAUUUUAUUUUGUGCAUAGUACACAGGAAUAGAUAAGCUCAAAAAUGCCUACUAGGUGGAAUCGACUUUUAGCAUCAUUUGGAAGAAAUGAUUUCUCUUUAAUUUCUUGAAAUUUCUUCAUUAGAUUUCGACGCGUUGGAUAGUCCCUAGUAAUACAUAAAGUCCUUUUUCUUUGUUUUUUGCAGUUCAAACCUUAUGAACUACUGUAGAUGGGAAUUUUCAGGCUUAUAACGAAUAUAUCUUUGAAACUUUAUCCACAAAAAGUAAAAAAAUUCAGCCAACCGUAUGCGAGUACAAAGACUAGGUAUGCGCCGAGCUUCGAGUAUACCUGAAAACUCGAACCGAGCUACCCGAAAAUUUAAAGUCUGUUUUCUUUCUGAUGGUUGUUAUUCUCAGGCCUCCACAUUAAAGAGGAUCCCACACUUUUAUUCUAUUUUGCAUGUCAACUUCAUUUUACACUUUACGCAAGUAAGCUGAACUU